UUCUAAUCUCUGAAGUCGCGAAUGCCCAGAUGUGAGGCGUACCCCCAUCAGUCCGCCGUUCCCGCCGGUUCCUUCUAAUUUGCAAUGCAACGUUAUGUUUCUCAAAAUACGCCCCACGUUCGCUCAGGGAAUUCAUAUUAUACUCGUAUCCCACGUCCUUUUAAAACAUAGCAGGCUGACAUUGUACACCGGUCAAACCUUGCUCCCGAAGUUUCCCUUCGUGACAUAUAAAUAUUCAGACAGCUGCAGUUCUCUCCUCCUUGUACAAAAUGUCUGUCUCAUCACUUGUCCUGUCGUCCCUCCUCGGAGCGUCCUACAUUAACCCGAUGAACGUCUUCCAGAGCCCUGGUGGCUCAGGCUGUGGGAAUUCUGGUCCCGCAUCGUGCCAAAGUACGAACACGCCCGCCGCCGAUACCUGCUGUUAUGAAAGUCCUGGAGGCCUGAUCAUGCAGACACAAGUUUGGGACACAGAUGUCGCUGGUAGUCCCGAGGACAGUUGGACUAUUCAUGGUCUGUGGCCUGAUAACUGCGACGGCACUUACAUUGAGGACUGUGAUCCCUCUCGCGAUUACAAGAACAUUGCCGGGCUACUCGAAUCCCAGGGUGCAUCGUCCACAUUAGAGUUCAUGCAACAGUAUUGGCUUAACGAUGAUGGGUCUAAUGAAAGAUUCUGGGAGCAUGAGUGGGCUACACACGGCACAUGCUAUAGCACACUGAAUGUUGAUUGUCUUCCCAGCGACAGCCCUACGGGUGCCGAGGCCGUGGCAUUCUUUGAGACUGUGGUGAGGGUCUUCAAGACCCUCCCCACGUAUGACUGGCUCGCUCAGGCAGGUAUCACUCCGUCAUACAGCCAGACUUAUUCCCUUUCGGACUUGUUGUCGGCUCUCGAAGCUGGCUCUGGAGGAUACACUCCAACUUUGAGCUGCUCUCGAUCGCACAAACUCAGCUCGGUUAGCUGGUACUUCAAUCUCAAGGGCUCUGUCAUCGAUGGCGAUUUCGUCCCGAUAAACACCCCUGAGGAUACUAGUUGCCCCUCGAGUGGUAUUAAGUACCUUCCCAAAGAAGGAUGAUACCAUUCAAGGACGAGUUCACUAGUGAUAGAGAAGUAUGUUUCGAUGCCACCAAGCAAAAUCUAUAAUUGUACAUGGCUUCUUGAUCGUUCGAGCUUCCAUCCUGUUAGUACUGUCGUGAUACACUUAAGCUAGACUAUCUAGUGAUAACAUGCCUCCACCCCUCAACCAUCCGAGUUUGGAACUUGAGCUACUGGCUCAGACCUUCUUCGUUAAGCAG